CUCUCUUUUUUUUUUAAAAAAAAUAAAAUGGCAAAAUAUGCAGUAAUUUGUGCGAGUAAUCAAAACCGAUCUAUGGAAGCUCAUCAUGUCCUCAAUAAAAAAGGAUUUAAUGUACAUUCUUAUGGCACAGGUACAAUGGUACGUUUGCCUGGUCCUGCUAUAGACAAACCCAACAUCUAUCCAUUCGGUACACCUUAUGAACAAGUUUAUCAAGAACUCAAGAGUAAAGAUCCAGCACUCUAUACACAGAACGGUUUACUCAACAUGUUGGACAGAAACAGAAAGACAAAAGAAGCGCCUCAACGGUGGCAUGAGUCAAGAGAGAUGUUUGAUGUGAUCAUCACUUGUGAAGAGCGUUGUUUUGAUUCUGUUGUAGAAGACUUGGCUAAUCGGGGUCAAUCAUUACAUGCGAGUACUCAUGUGAUCAAUGUAGAGAUCAAAGAUAAUCAUGAAGAUGCUUUAUUAGGUGGUAGAGCUAUUUUACAAUUAGCUCAAAUGAUUGAAGCUUCUAAUGAUAUUGAUGCUGAUAUGGAUGGUAUUAUUGAAGAGUUUUCAAUGCGUAAUCCAGGUUUCCCUAUUCUUCAUACCGUUGCUUAUUUUUAAGUUUAUUAUUGUUGUAAUAGACGCAUUAUGUGUUGAUUGUCUUUCUCUUUUAAGAGUCUUUCAAUCUGUUGGUAUUUUUCAUAUGUUUCGAGAUCUAUUGUCUUUUGUAAAUGAGUUGGCACAGGUGAAGCAGGUGGAGAAGAAGAUGC